AUUGGCUAAUUCAGAAGAAAUCAUAACACGUUUAUAUUUUAUCAGCUUUAUCUCAACUGUGCGUUAUUAUUUCUCUCCAAAACAACACUUUUUUUCCCUGAGGACAGUGAACGUCACACAGUGAAUUCAUGUAACUCACUGAGCAGCUUUACAUUCCGCUGGGGGAUCAAGGCUGUGGGAAUGUUGAGCUGAGGGAAGAUAUUAUGAGACAUGGAUGUACACACAGUAUAUAUGUGGAUACAUAUAUAUAUAUAUACACAUAUAUAUAUAUGAAGAAAUAUGAAUUAAAAAAGAAAAGAAAACACUUUCAAAUGUGUUUUGAAGUAGUUGUAUUAAACUAACAUUGAUAUCUGCUUCAUCAUAAUAUAGUAAAACUGAAUAUUUGUAGUUUGUUGCCAAAAUAAAUGAAACGUAUGAGUACUGAGCUGAAAGUACUGAAGUAAAAGUAUUAAUACCUCAAUGUAAGUGCUUUCUAAAGCUUACAUAAGUAAAAGUACAAAAGUACUAUCAUCAAAAUAUACUUCAAGUACCAUAAUAUUAUAUUAUAAGAUCAUAAUGAUGCUUUCAUUAGUUACAUCUGGUAAAGGUGGAGCUCAUUCUCAUGGCAUUUAAUUUAUGAUAAUAUAUUAGUUUUUAUUAUUUAUGAGAAUCUGCAAAUUGCAAUAAUAAAAAGUAACAUUGCAGAAGUUUUCUCCUCAAAGUCCUUCAUACACUUCAGUAAAAGAGAUUAGACCUGAAGAUUAAAGUAUUAGGCUGAAAACAGGCGUUCCCUCGUGAAGCGGACGCAGGUCGGUCCAGACCUCCUCGUCUCUGGUCCCCGUCGUCAUGGCGAGCUGGUGGUCUGCCGUAGACCUGCUGGACGGUCUGGACCUGGAGGAGAACUCCCUGGUGACCCGGGUCCUGCAGGCUGUCGGGAUGUUUGGAGACAUUCUGUCCUUGGAGGACGCCAUGGACGUCCCCCCGGAGGACCACGGCGACGGGACCUCAGGUGAGGAGGACAAAAAGGUAGAAGAAGAAGAAGAAAUGACGAUGACGAUGGCGGAAGAAGAGGAAGAGAAGGUGGGAAAGGAAGGAGGAGAGCAGCAGGACUGGAAAGAUAAAGAUGACAGUAGAGAGGAAGAGGAAGAGGAGGAGGUGGAGGAGGGUGACAUGGAAAAGCAGGUAGGAGUGAAAGAGGAGGAGGAGGAGAAUAUUGAAGGAGAAGAAGAAGAAGUAAUGGCCAUGACAAUGAAGGAAGUCGAGGAAGAAGAGGAAGGAGGAGAGCAGCAGGUUCAAGACUGGAAAGAUAACGGUGACAGCAGAGAGGAAGAGGAGGAGGAGGAGGAGAAGAUUAAAGAAGAAGAAGAGGAAGAAGAAAAGAUGGAUGCCUUGGGAGACAAAGGAGAACAUGAGGAACCCAAUGAUGAACCAGCGAACGAGCUCCAUCACUCAGACGAAGAGGUGAAGAGUCUGGGAGACGAGGAGGUGAAGAGUCUGAGAGACGAGGAGGUGAAGAGUCUGAGAGACGAGGAGGUGAAGAGUCUGAGAGACGAGGAGGUGAAGAGUCUGAGAGACGAGGAGGUGAAGAGUGUGGAGGAGCAGGAGCGUGUUGAAACAACGCCGCUGACAUCACUUCCUGCUCCUGGACCACGAGAGGAAGCUGCAGCCGAGGACGCUCCACCUGAGCUCCCCACAGUGACAGAGUGGUUUUCACCGGCCGCAGGAGGACGCCGAGAACCGAGUCCGACCACGACCUCACCGGGCCCCGGACACCCCGAGAUGGAAGUGAAGGAGGUCAAAGAGGACGAAGAGGUCGAAGAGGUCAAAGAGGACAAAGAGGUCAAAGAGGACGAAGAGGACGGAGGGGAAGGAAGUGAGAAGAACAGCGAGGCGGACGGCAAGAAGAACGUCCGCCAUCGAUCCUCAGCGUACCAAACCGUGUCCUACCGGAGGAUCCGCAGAGGAAACACCCGACAGAGGAUCCAGGAGUUCGAGGCCAUGAAGGACGCCUGACCCGGAGACCAGCUCAGGUGGAGCACCUGUGAUCCAGUAGAUCCAGGAUGGAGCCGUGUGGUCAGCCAUGUGAUGUCACAACGUUGUGAGUGGGAGGCGCUGAAUAAAGAGUGCAUUGUUGUUGAUUG